AUGACGAAAUCGAGUACGAAAGCUGAGGAUCAUCUUUCAGAGCAGGAAAAAAUAGUAGAAAUUGAGGCUGCUGAGAAUGAAUCGAUAGAGAGCGAUGAGGUCCAUAGCCUUGAGGCAGAUGCUGAGGAUGAAGAUGAAGAAGACGAAAAAUCGGCUGAGGAAAGCGAAGAUGAUGACGAGUUUCCCUUGAAGAAGAAAGCCAAGAGGAGCAAACAUGACGAUGGCUCGGCAGACUUCUCCAGUGCAGUGAACGCGAUCUUGUCAUCUCAUCUGAAGGCUUAUGACAGGAAGGACCCAAUCAUGGCGAGGAAUAAGAAGGUGCUGAGAAAAAAUGAAGCGGAUAAGCUAGAACAGCGGGCUAAGAGAGCGUUGCUCGUGGAGAAGAAGAAGCAGUUGAACAAGGCCAGAAAACGUGAAAUAAUCCCAACGGUUAGUGACGAGCUCUCCGGUGAAGAGAUCAGAAAUAUUCUUGAGAAGGAAGCCGCACUGAGAAAGAUCGCUCGAAAGGGCGUUGUCAAGCUUUUCAACGCUAUUCUGUCGACGCAAGUUACCACAGCCAAGCAGGCCGAAUCCGGUCUAGGCGAUAUACGGAAUAAAGAGGAAAGAGAACAACUGAUAACGGAAGUCUCAAAGGAGAAAUUUUUGGAUAUGGUCAAAUCGGCGGCAGAGGAAGUAUGA